AUGGCCUCCCAACCCGAGAAAAAGGUCUUCAUUGUGACAGGCGGCGCAUCAGGCAUCGGCCUCGGUAUAACCCGCUACCUCAUCACCCAACAACACCCAACGCUCACCCCAACACACAUCGCCAUCUUCGACAUCAACGCCGAAACAGGCAACAGCGUCGUAUCAUCCUUACAACAAGAAUACAAAUCCACCUCCAGCGCAACAAUCUCAUUCCAUCAAUGCGACGUCUCGUCAUGGGAGAGUCAGGCUGCUGCUUUCAAAGAAGUGGCGCAGCAACAGGGGAGAGUGGAUUAUGUUGUUGCGAAUGCAGGCAUCACAGAAAAGGGAGAUUUGUUGGAGAAGGAGGCUGAGCCGUCAAAGCCAGUGUUGGCGACGUUGAAUGUUAAUUUGGUUGGUGUUGUAUACUCAACCAAACUCGCUGUCCACUAUAUCCGCAAGAACGGUUCAACCUCCUCGACGAAAGGAGGAAUCAUUUGCACAGCCUCAAAUGCUGGAAUCUAUCCAUUCCCCAUGGCUCCGAUGUAUGCUACGACGAAACACGGUGUAGUCGGACUUGUGCGCUCCCUUGCGCGGCCGUUGGCUUUGGAGGGUAUUCAGAUCAACGCUUUGGCGCCUGCUGUUAUUGAAACAAACAUCGCCUCAAGCCUCGAUCUAUUCAAAAACAUGAUCAUCACACCCAUGUCCACAGUGAUAAAAGCAGUAGAAAUACUGUUAACAUCAAGCCCCAGUCCUAACUCGACUUCCGCAAACGCAAAACCACUACCCGAAACGACUAUAUUAACAGGUAAAAUCGCCGAGUGUCAUGAAGGCAACGUCACAUUCGCCGAACAGCCGGCGUACGUGGAUGAGAAUACAGGGAAGAAUAUUGAGAUGUUUUGGAAUUUGGGAUAUGCUUGA